GAAAUAUUUUGUUGUCAGGAUGAAAUAACAGUAAUAUGUUAAUGAUUUUUAUUAUUUAAUCAUCGUUCGCACAUGUGACCUUCGAUUUUGAUGGUCCACAAUGAUUACUUAAAAUCGCACAACAAGAUUAAAAAACAAUGGCUGCAACAGUAAAAGUGCAUCAGUCUGAUAUUGAUCGUUUUAUUCAAGAGCAAAAAUCUAAGCUGGCUACGGAGCGACAACAUUUUGAUGACGGUGAUAAUAGGUACACUGAAAACGAGGAAAACUUGCCGAAAGACAAGCGGAAGACAUGGGACAAGACUGCGGUUAUCAAUCAUCCAUUAGCGGAAGAGGCACCCAAGAGACCCAAGACUACAGAACUGAGCAGUCUUCCUCUUCGUAACUCUGUACAGGAAAACAGAAAACUCCUCUUAGCUGCUCAGAGAAACAAGGAAUACAAUGAACUCAUAGCCAAGAAGAAAGCUAGUCAGAAGCAGAGAACAAAGCCUGCAGUGAGUGCGGAGAACAUCUCUGUUGAGGAUUACGAGAAAACUCAGAGAAUUCUCCGCUAUAAGAAGCAGCAGGAGUACAAGAGGAUCCUGGAUGAGCAAAAAGCAGAGCGUGAUAGACUUCUGUUGCAGCAACAUUCGGCUGAAAUCCUUCAGAAAACUGUAGCUCCACCUAAACAGAGACCAGAAGACAGUCAUGUGGUCCAGCCAGAACUUAGACCAGACCAGAACUAUCAGGGCAGAUAUGAUGAAAAACACAGUAAACAGCCAACAUAUGACAAGUCUGGUCGCCGUCCAUCAAUAGAGGAACUUCUUGAUCGACUGAAACACAGUCAACAAGAAACCGUGGCAUACAUGAUGGAUGAGCAUCCUGUGAACUAUACCCAGUAUAGCGACACUGACGGCAGAUUUAAACGGUACACACAGGAACCCGCAGACCAAACCAGGCAGCCAUUACCUGACAGAGAAAGAUGGAAAGACUACAGACAUGAUGAAACACUCCCACAAGCCAACCAGUACCAGUCCACUUCACCCAGACCACUCUGGCAACAAGACCCGGAGCAUGACUUGAAAGCACUUAACAAUAUUGGUCAUAGAGAUGGAGAUUUGCGCAGGAGAGUUGACCGAGAAGCUGAAAGUGAAAAGGCUGCGUACCAAGAGGUGUGGAGGCAAAUGCAUGCAGGCGAAGCAGGAAUCCAGCCACAGAAUAGGUCUCGCAGACUCUGGCGAGAGUCAUCAAAGGAAACAGGACUUCCAAUUGGAAUACAUGAAAAACAAAAGUCCCCAGACAUGUUGCGUAGGAAAUGGCGUGAACCCUCUGUAGAGCGUGGUCUGCCUCUCAGUGAACACAGUGACAGCAAGAACAAAUUUGAGGAAGAAAAACACAGAGAAUACGAGCAGUUCAAAAAUGCAAAGUCACAGGAUAAGGCACACAGAAUGUGGCGGGAGCCAUCAACGGAGAAGGGACUUCCACUGGGUGCACACAACGACCAAAACAAAAAACACAAGGAGGAAACACAAGAAUAUCACCGCUAUUUGUCUGAAAAGAACAUGCAGCAGAAGGGUAACCGCACUUGGCGGGAACCUUCCCAAGAACAACUGCUGCCUGUCGGGCAGUAUGAGAAUGAACGCAAACGACUGGAGAAAGUGAGAAAUGAGGAGUAUAGUGAGAUAACGAAAGAGAAGCCUGCACCACGAGGAAGAGAGAACCUGCCCCCUAAACCGCCAACUCCAGGAGGAUUCCUCAACAAGCUGGGUGGAAAUGAUAAACAAAGACAGAGACUGAAUGAAGAGAGAAGACAGGAGUACAACAAACUAAUAGCUGAGAAAAGUGGUCGUAGCGGUAGGAAUCGGCAAACCGAUGACUACAUGGCCACCAUCCCUGGUCUAGGAGGUAAAGAGCGACAGCAUGACAAGGCAAAACAGCGCAAUGACGAAUACAAUCAGUACAUGAGGGAGAAAGAUGCAAAACCCCGCCCUCAAUCGGAUAAACAUGGUUACCCGUGGAAUCCAAUUUUCAAGCCCGCAAGGAAACCUGAUCCACCAGUAAUACUGAGACGAUCUGACAGAAAUCAUUAUGCAAGUCUUCCAGGUCUCAAUUAUGAUCGAUCACAAGCUUCUAGAGAAAAACAGAUGCUGAGAAACCUGGAGUACAAUGAGUUUCUGAGACAGAAAUCGGGUUACCUGUAUCCCAAGGUGCUGCCUAAUGAGGUGACCGAUGGCCCGCGGAGAGGCUGGGCGACGCCCACUUACGAAGAGAUCCUCAAUGAGAAAAGAGCUGAAGAGGCGCGGUACAGGAGGUAUGAUGAUCCCGAGUACAUCCGACCAGGCAUGCGUCAAUAUGGAAGUGAAGGGGCACUCCACAACCUAGAGAAUGUCAAGCGACUCGAGAAACUUGAUCGAGAAUUUGAGUCAAAGAAGCAAAAGUUCCAUGAUGAUCGCUCUCAAACUAAUGUUCUUGAAGACCCCAAUUGGCUGACUCCGCGCUACCAUGCUCAUGAAUCAGACUACCGAGUGCUGCUGUCUCGCCUUCAGGACUAUUCACCUAGUCCAAGGGAUGAGUUAGACCAGCCUGCAGUUACUGGGCGCACAUCGCACACAUCUGAUGCCCCGAAGGAUCCACAGCUGAGAAGAGAAGCUCCCCGACGGUCUGAGCCUCGAGCCCAAAACCUUCCCCGCUCUAAGGACUCCGACUGCUAUGCCACUCUGCCUAUCGGCCAGAUUGGAUCCACUGGACAUGACAAACGACACAGUGCUGUACAGCGCCAGAAGGAACAGUACAGACAGGAACUGGAAAAACAGAUGAAGGAAAUGGAAGAACUGAAAAAACGAGAGAAGAAUGAAGAUCUGCGGAUCAAUGCGACUGGUGCUAAUGACCCAGCUAAGAGGAACAAUCAGUUGCGAGAGGUGGCCCAGCCUCCACCACAGGCCCCUGUUGUACAAGUGCCAGUUGUGGUCGGGCAGCAGUAUCCAGCAGCUGAGGUCGCGUACAUGUCCAGGCUGGCCAACUAUGAUCAAAUCAGUCCACGCUCAGAACUUGUGUUGGGACGAAGGAGGUUAAACAACGAUGCUGAUCUUGAAAAGCUGAGAGAACUUGAUUUGCCGAGGUUGAAAUAUGAUAUGAAAAGAGAUUGGGGUACCCGAGUAGAGGCUGAUGGAGGAAUCUUGGAGAGAGGCUUUGACACGCUGCUAGAACCACCUAAAGCUAUCUCAAUCCAGCCACCACCAGAACUUAAAUAUGAACCAUCACCGUAUCUGACUGGAGGUACCGGUUACAGCUCUCUUGAUGAGCAGUAUCACUACCUGGGAACAAUGAAUCCACUCAGUGCUGAUAUUGCAGCUCCUGAAGUGAGGGCACCUCAAAUAGCCCUCGCCCAGGCUGGUGUGGUUCCAAUGGCCUCGGGGGCAGUCCAGUCUAAAAUUAGGUUCGAUGACAGGGGUGGAGGUGGUGGACAUUACGGAGGUGGGGGUGGAGGAGGUUAUGGAGGAGGUGGGGUUGGACCAUUACCCCUUCAUUCCGAUGAGAAAGAUGACAAAAAGGUUAAACAGCAACAGUAUCAAGCUGAAUUAAAAAGACAGAUGGAGGAAGCGAGGCAGAAGAAACAGUCAGCAAAGAUGGAAAAAGAAAUGUAUGACAGAAAGUUUGAAGAGGAGUACAAGAAUUACAACCCGUUUGGUAAAGGUGGUGGAGGAGCUCCAAUGAGAGACCAGAGAGGAAAUGUCAUUGCUGACUUGCGGACGGUACUAAAGGACGGCUCUGGACAGUCGACUGGAAAUUUGGCAGGAUACGAGUCGCCCAGGAAAUGGAAUCCAUACACAUCACCUCGGCCUCCGUCUCCUCGCGACGACAAGAUCAAAACUCCUCCCAAACAAACGACGGCACUCGGGGACGUGACGCACGCUCGGGGCGGACAUGGCAUAUUUGGACAACCGAAGACGGAAGCUGAAAAAACUGAGGCCGAUCGAUACAAAGAUGAACUACAGAGACAGAUUGAGGAGAAGAAGAUGCAGAAGAUGUUGGAGAAGGAGAAGGAGCGCAUGGAGGAGCAGAUAGAAGAACGGCGGAUAGAAGAGGAACGGCGGCGCAUGCAGAUGGAGGUGGAGGAGGAGCGGCGCCGCAUCCGAGAGAAGGAGGAGAUUGCUCGUCGUCAGCAGGAAGAACAUGCUCGUCAGGCGGAGGAGCGCAGGCGAGAGAUAGAGAGAAAGAAGAAGGAGGAAGAUGAACAUCACCAGGAGCACCUGCGACAGAUGGAGAAAGAACGCAUGGAGAGAGACGCUGCCCAGAGGCAGGUAACCUCUCCACCCAUUCCCGCUAUGCGAUCAAAGGGAGGUGAUAAUUCAUCGGGCUCCAGUCAGCCGAAGCCUCCAGCGUCACCGCCAGUCCCUGCUGUGAAGACAAAAGCUGCUACUUCGGACCCACCCAACCCACCUCAGUCCCCUCCAGUUCCUGCAGUGAAGACACAAGCCGCUGCUAAAGAACCUGCCAGGCGAAAUAAACUUGAUCGCACAUCCCCACAUAGCAGACCUCAGUCAAACACACAUUCAUACCGAGCUCAAAGUGCUGAUGUGCUCAACCACCUGGCUCAACUCAAGUCUCAGCUGCAGGCUGAGCGAAACCGAGUGGAGACCAUGCUAGAUCAGAAUGAGCGAGAAAUAGAAGUUUUUGAUCCACGAUUGGCUCAAAGGCCUCCACAAGUCCCAGGACGACAGAAUAUGGAUGUGUUUGAGAUGGCCAGGAAUCGAGAUGCUGUGUCGGUGAAGCGAACUGGAACAGCAACAGAGUAUGCCAGCCCGUCUGCACUGCAUGAUUUUGAGAAACUAAAGCAAAAUAACACUGACUCACGGCACGAGUUUCUCCGUCAGUACCCCCAUGGCCCAAUAACGAGUGAAGCCUUGGAGGCACAACAGGCCGCACUACUCCGCGAGCAGGAGAGGAGUCUGCGUAUGCUCAAGGACAGAAGCACAUAUGAUCAUGCCAUGCCCAGCAUGAAAGCGAGGCCAGGAACCGACAGUGCCCAGUCCAUGCUCAAGUCCAACAGUGCCUUCAUAGAUAUGGAUGGACUUGGCCCGGUGUUUCCUGAAGAUCUCGAGGACCUCCCUCAGCGUAACGACUCGGCACGUGCUCGCCGCCGCCGAGCUGUUCAACAGAGUCCCAGCCUGCGUCACUAUGACGCGUUUGGUUCAGUGUCCAGCCUCGAUGUCGACCAGAUCGCCAAACGCAACGAGAAACGGCUGAAGAAUCUUAGAGAUUUACAAGGUGAUGAUGUGUCCAUGAAUGACCCAGAUGAUCUUAUUGACCACUUCUUGAAGAAACAGACUCACAACAGGGAUUAUAUGUUGGAUUUCGACUCCGAACUGGAGAGUGUUGCCGCCUACUAGCCAGACGAUGCAAGAUGACUCAUGGUUGCAGGUUGAAAACCGCGGAUCACGAUAUUGAGAUUCCUACAAUCGGUGUACUCGGGCAUUCCUCCGACUCCAGACAAUCAAAAUACACACUGUAACUGGCCAUAACCGUGGCCUGUAAUGUUGGCAGUGUCAAACUGUGAAGAAUAACUGGUGCAUGAUUCAUUUAAUACAGGAACUAGAUACAUACAGAUGGUGGGAUACCAUUGCUAAUUAAAGGCCCUCUGCUCUACAAAAUAUUAACCAAAUGUCCGGUUUUAACUGGACCAUAACGACCCCGACACAUCCAGAAUAGGGAAUGGGUGGACAUUGGAAUUGAAUACCUUAGGCCUUCGUUUUUGGCCCAAUGCUUUCUCUUACUGCGAUAAUUAGGAAAUAUGUCUCUACUUCUAUUCGUCUCGUUUGUAUUUUGUUUACUAUCAUGCUCAUAUGCAUUCCAUAUUUUUUUGUAAAUUUUAUCUAUUUAUGGUGGAAUAUUUAAUGCAUUUUUGUUUUCUAUGUACCCAGUUUUUUAAAGUUGCAACUCAAUAUUGUUUGUGAUAGCUAUAUAUAUGUGUUCCUUUUAUAAAAAAACAAGUACAUGUAUUUCAGACUAUUCCCACAUCUGCACACACACACACACACACACACACUAUUGAAACAAGGGCUGUAUUUUUACAUUUGUAUAUUACAUUAUUUUAUCACAUUAACCAGUGAAUCUGGUUUAUGAAUUAAAAACAUCUCUUUUGUUAUCACAUUUUACCUGUAGCUGAACAUUAAUUCCAUGCACUUAAAUUAUUUUAUAUCUUUAAUAUACAAGAUAUGCUAAAGUUCUCUCUGUUAUUACCAUCUUUUUAAAUGUAUCUUGUAUGAAUGCUGACAAAAGUAUAUAUAAUAAUAUGCUCCUCAGUAUAAAAUGGGUGUGUCUGGUGAACUAUAAUAUUCCUAGAUUUAAGAUAUUUUAUGAAUACAUUUUGAGUAUAUUUCACAUUUAUAAACUUAAUCAUAACAUAUUCUGCAAUGUUGUUAGAGAUGCCUAUUCAAGCACCAUUACCUGCAAUCUAUGAAAGAAGAAGAGGAUGCUAUAAAUUGAAGAAGUAAAUGUUAAGAUGUAUAAAGAAUUGGCAGUAUGGUUUCUUGGUGUUUCGCAAAGAUCAUUUAAUGUUAGGAUGAUUGUGCCAAGUAUGUUUUGUAUGGUUUCAUAUUACUUGGUAAUUUCGACAGUUGUUUUUGUUAGUUCAAGACACAUGCUGCCAUGCAAUCAUAGGUAAACAAGCCUCAAAAGCCUUUCUUACUAGAAAAGUAGCACAAAAGUAAACCAAAUUAUUUUUGAGAAUAGAUAAAGAAACAUUUGUCAUGAUAUUCACCACUGGGGUGUUUCCGUGACAUUUGGUUAGAUGGUAUUGUCUUUCCUACCAGAUAGACACAACCACAUUUUAUAUUGUAAUAAAUUAAUGUGUUCCAUUCAAUAAGAAAAUACAGGCAUUAAAAAUUAAAACUUCUUUUUUUAAGAGACAAAAAGUAUUUAUCUAAUAAAUUAGCUACCAUAACACUAGUAACUGCACAUUUGUUUUUUCAAGAUUGUGUUUCAGAUUAAAUUUAAAUGUAAUUAAUUAAGCUUGUGACUUGAAAUGUAUUCCACUUUGAUAUAAUGUAUGAAAAUCUCGCAUUAGGGGAAAUUAAUUUUGUUUCAAUAACUACCCAAUGAUUCAACAUUUCAAUGUGACCAUGAACUAACAUGAAAUAGAAACUGAGUUAUAAGAUGAACAGUCAACUCUCAUGGCUUAUUGCACAAUUUAAAUAGGCCAAAGGAGCUAUACAUGAAUGGUUGACUGUUAUUUUCUAAAUGUCAUCUAUAAAAGUCCUUGGUUUUAAGAAGUCAUAAUAUUGAUAAUUGCUUUAAUGUUGUACAUACAUGUUACAAUGAUAUAUUUUAUUUGUGAGUUUUUCUUUUAUUUAAUUUAACAGCAUAAAUCCACAUAAUGUUGAGUUUUUAAACAUUGUGAACAUGAGAAGAUGGGGUAAAAAAAACCCUGAAAAGCAAUGUCAACAAUUUAUGCAUAGUUGUAUUAUUUAAUUUUAUUCUCAUUUCCCAAUAGCACUGUGAUCAAGAAUGAGGCAUCUUGGGAUAUUUCAUAAUUUAAGUAAAAAAGAGGCAUCUUGGGAUAUUUCAUAAUUUAAGUAAAAAAGAAAAAAGUUCACAGUAUAAACACUUUAUAAACAUAUUCGCUUGGGCACAAUAACAUUUGCAUAUCAAUUUUGAAAGUAGAUUUGAUUUUCUAUAUUUGUCCAUUAGAACGGAUAACAUGCAAUAAGAUGCAUAUAUUUUUCUGUUGAGAUUUUUUCGUUUUAUUAUUAGUGGUGGGGUGGGAUUUUUCACUUUUAUUGAGUCCUUUCUUUUGAUGAUAUUAAGAUGGGUUUCAAACAUCGGGGUGGGAUGAGGUGAAGUGAAGUGAAAGAACAUUUAAUUGGAUUGUAAAAAAUAUAAUUUACUAGUGACUAAAUCUUACUUAAAAUACACACUAAAAUUGUUUGAGGAAUAUUACUAGUCAUUUGUGGAGAAACACCAGGAGUUGACAGUCACACAUAUACUUAAUGUGUUAUACGUGGACCAAAGAAAUCAAUAGCCAUUAUAGAAGAUUUCAUAAAGACAUUCCAAUGUGUAAAAAAACCUAUUUUCAUUUAGAAAAAACAAUUAAUAUCAGAAAAGACUACUAUUGAGUAAUUUAUUAUAUAGUUGUAUUGGUAUAUUAUAAUACUGUGCUGAGUAGUCUGCUGGAAAGAAGUAGGGAAUCAACUGCAAUGAGAAACCUCAUCUGUAGUGUCAGGAAGUUAACCAUGUCACAUUACUUAUAUUCAGAUUCAUCUUUGUACUUCAUACAGACAUCAUGACAAUACCAAGUUUUCCCUUAUUUCUCCUCUCAAUAUAGUGGUUUUGUUAAUGGCAUAUGCAAUGUUUUCAUUAGGACAGUUGAUAACAAUUAUCGUUCAUCGAUAAUCACUGGUAAAGUGUCACAAUACUAACGUGCAUUCAUCAUAUUACUUACAAAGACUACAAGGAUGUAAUUUUUAAUUUGGUUCUCAAUUUGAUAUUUGCAGUGUUAGACUGCUGAUAUUAAUCAGUAUAUUUGUUAAUAUAUCUGCAGCGUUUUCCAUAAAGAACUAACUGUCGGCUCAAGUGAUCAUUUAAAAUUUCAUUUUGAGUCUGUUAAAAAUUGUUUUAGAACAUAAUUUCACCAGGAAAGCUAUGACAUUAAGUGCCUGUUGAAACCAAUUUUAUACCACCAGUUAUGGGGAAAUGCUGUUUUUGUAUUAUGAUCUUUUAAAUGAAAUAUUAUUUAUUAAAAUUAAUGUGACCAAUCGAUAAUGCAUCUUCCAAGGGUAGUCUUGUUUGUGCAUGCAUACUGAGAUCUUCUCUCGGGUCUAAAACCAGUCUGUGAUAUUUCCGUCCACAUGAAAUAAAUAAUUACACACAAA